CGCCAGCGACGCGAAAUGUCGAGGCACAGGAGCGUGCGGGGAUACAACUACGACGAGGAUUUUGAGGAGGAUGACCUAUACGGACAAUCCGUGGAAGACGAUUAUGGAGUUUCACCGGCAACAGCUGCCCAGUUCAUGUACCAGAGGGCUGAUUUCCAGUUGGCAAAUUUCGUGGAUGAGCCACUGAAAGAAGAAGAUGAAGAAUGUGAAGAACAACCACCUGCAAAGUCCAACACACUGGGUCUCAGCGACAUAGACAAAGCACGCUUGCACUCUUGCCUUGAGGAGAUGAGGAACAUUGCUGGGGAUGCAUUCCCUGAGCCAGUGAUGGUGCAGGCGGUUUUGAACAGCAACUUUGAGAUGGAGAAAGCCCUGGAUUCCCUGUUUUUGCAAAGUGACAAAACACGUCCAGAAGUGAAAGAACAAAGGCUUCCCAGGUCUUCAAGAGCAGGGAAAAGAGGGGAGGCAUCAUCUGUCUCCAAAGCAGUUGACAUUGUACCAAAAGUUGCAAAGAUGACAAUAUCAGGAAAACAGACCAUUGGAUUUGAUGCCUCAAUUGGCAGUCCAAAUGGCCAGAUUUCAAAUACCUCGAAUAAGGAGUCCCAUUCCGAAUCCGUUCAAAGCACUUCGUCUUCAGCGAUGUGCACAAAGCAAACGCUGCUUUCUGAAGGUCCCACGUUGGUGUCAAAUCUGAAACUGUCUCCUAAGCCCCCUGCCAAAGUGGGUCUACACACAGAAGACACACCCACUGGGACAGGGACUCCUGGCAAGCAGGCCGGAAAGAACCGUACAAAGCUUGAUGUGAAGUCUGAGCUUGAGAAGAGACAGGGUGGCAAGCAGCUCAUCAACCUCGUCGUAAUAGGCCAUGUUGAUGCUGGUAAGAGCACAUUAAUGGGGCACCUUCUGUAUCUGCUUGGAAAUGUCAACAAGCGGGCAAUGCACAAGUAUGAGCAGGAGUCGAAAAAAGCUGGCAAGGCCUCCUUUGCCUACGCUUGGGUUUUGGAUGAAACUGGCGAGGAGCGCGAAAGAGGUGUGACAAUGGAUGUAGGCCUAACCAAGUUUGAAAGUAAAACGAAGCUGGUGACACUAAUGGAUGCCCCCGGGCACAAGGACUUCAUCCCAAACAUGAUCACGGGAGCUGCCCAGGCGGACGUCGCUCUGCUGGUGGUUGACUCGAUCACGGGCGAGUUCGAGGCCGGCUUCGAGGCGGGAGGGCAAACGAGGGAGCACGCUCUGCUCGUGCGGUCGCUGGGAGUCACCCAGCUAGCUGUCGCGAUCAACAAGAUGGACAUGCUGAAUUGGUCAAAGGAGAGGUUUGAAGAAAUCACGAGCAAACUGGGACAGUUUCUCAAACAAGCUGGUUUUAAGGAGUCCGAAGUGACUUACAUCCCGACCAGCGGACUCUCGGGGGAGAAUCUCGCAAUGAGAAGCAAAGAGGAGAAGCUUACAAGCUGGUACAGCGGACCCUGCCUGCUCGAUUGCAUAGAUUCUUUUCGCCCCCCUCAGCGGCCUGUGGAUAAGCCCUGCAGGCUCUGUGUCUCUGACGUGUUUAAAGACGUGGGUGCGGGGUUUUCUGUUGCUGGGAAGGUUGAGGCGGGCUAUCUGCAGACUGGCGAUAGGCUGGUCGUUAUGCCAGCUAACGAAAUGUGCACAGUAAAAGGCAUCACGCUACACGACGAGCCCAUGGACUGGGCAGCUGCAGGCGAUCACGUCACCCUUAACGUGACGGGCAUGGACAUGAUCAAAGUCGGCGUUGGCAGCGUGGUGUGCGACCCAAAAGAACCAAUCAGGGCGAGCACUCGCGUGCGCGCCCGUAUCCUCAUCUUCAACAUUGACCUGCCCAUCACCAGAGGCUUCCCUGUGUUGUUGCACUACCAGACUGUCAGCGAGCCUGCUGUUAUCAAGAAGCUCAUAAGUGUUCUCCACAAGAGCACAGGGGAGGUCGUGAAGACCAAACCGAGAUGCCUUCAAAAGGGCCAGAACGCCAUGGUGGAGCUGCAGAUGCAGCGGCCUGUGUGCCUGGAGCGCUACAAGGAUUUUCGCGAGCUCGGCCGCUUCAUGCUGCGCUACAGCGGCUCCACCAUCGCCGCUGGCGUCGUCACCGAGAUCAAAGAUUGACCAGAAUGCAUUUGAGAGAGCUAUGUUGCUGUGUUUUCAACAUCUUGCCAAACCCAGUUGCUCUUCAUUUUCCUUUUGAAGUAGGAAAACCACAACAGCUGCUGUAUAAAGACCUCUGUUCUACACAAAUAGAAUUCAGCGACAUGCCAUUAUUAUGUUAAAUAUCUUUGUCCAUCUGUACUUACAUACCAAAUUGUAAAGUAAUAUAUUGAACCCAACAGAUUUAAUGUUUGAAUUAUAUCAACAAUGGCUAGUUGAAAAACAGUAGUUUUUUUACCUUGAUGGGUAUUAAUUUGGCCUCUUAUGUUUUAAUUUGCAUACUAUUACGUAUGUUGCAACAUUUCCCUGAUGCAAACGAUCAUUGGAGGCAAGAACAUUGUGCUUCCUCUAAUCAUGACGACUCUGAGCACACAACGGGCUGCAUGGCAUCAAUAAACAGUGGCUCUUUGCCAGCACUCGC